UAGUCUUGGUUAUAUGACAAGGAACACAAGACCAAGACCAUGGAAGGAGUGAACAUACUGAACUCCACUGUAAAUACCAGCACAACGGAUAUUCAGCUGGUCACGCACAGUUUAUGGGAGGUGAUAACCAUCGCCACUGUGUCAGCCAUAGUCAGCCUCAUCACCAUUGUGGGGAAUGUUCUGGUAAUGGUCUCCUUCAAAGUAAACAGUCAACUAAAGACUGUGAACAAUUACUACCUGCUGAGUCUAGCAGCAGCAGACCUUAUCAUUGGUGUGUUCUCGAUGAAUCUGUAUACCUCUUACAUACUGAUGGGCUACUGGGCCUUGGGAAAUCUCGCCUGUGACCUGUGGUUGGCAGUAGACUAUGUUGCCAGUAAUGCCUCAGUUAUGAACCUGUUGGUGAUCAGCUUUGACAGAUAUUUCUCCAUCACUCGGCCUCUGACCUACAGGGCCAAACGGACACCAAAACGAGCUGGGGUCAUGAUCGGUCUGGCCUGGUUGGUGUCACUUAUUCUGUGGGCCCCACCGAUCCUGUGUUGGCAGUACUUUGUUGGGAAAAGAACUGUCCCGGAGAGGCAAUGCCAGAUCCAGUUUUUCUCUGAGCCUGUAAUAACCUUUGGGACAGCAAUUGCUGCGUUUUAUAUCCCGGUGUCAAUCAUGACAAUCCUAUAUUGCCGGAUCUACAAAGAGACAGAGAAGAGGACCAAAGAUCUGGCGGAACUCCGGGGGAUUAACUAUUCUGCAGACCCUGGGGUUGCCCAGCCCCAGAAGACCAUUAUCAGAUCCUGUUUUAGCUGUAAACUGAGAUCAGCCUCACAUGACAGGAACCAAGCCUCCUGGUCCUCCUCUAGCAGGAGCAAUGCAGCCAAGUCAGCGGCCACCACCAAUGACGAGUGGUCCAAAGCUGAUCAGCUGACUACCUUCAACAGUUACGCCUCUUCAGAAGAUGAGGAGCGGCCUGUGUCUCCGGGGCCCUUGCAGCCCUCUUUCAGGAACCAGGCUUGUGAGACUAUCAAGAGUGCAGUGGGCAGUGAGAACGAGCAACUCAGCAGCUAUGAAGACGACAGCUUCUUCCACACAUCACCCAAAAGCAACUCCCAGAGGAGCAAGAAGUGUGUGUCCUACAAGUUCAAACCUGUGGCCAAAGACAGUGAUGCUGAGCAGCAGAGCAAGAAUGGAGACACCAAAAUGGCACCGUCAACAUUUUCCUCAGCCGAGUCCAUGAGUGCCCCAUCCACCUCUUCGACAUCUAAGCCCAUGGAUGCCACGCUGAAGAACCAGAUCACCAAGAGGAAGAGGAUGGUGCUGAUUAAGGAAAGAAAGGCAGCGCAGACCCUCAGUGCGAUCUUGCUGGCUUUCAUCCUAACAUGGACGCCUUAUAACAUCAUGGUGCUAAUUUCCACAUUCUGCUCAGACUGCAUCCCCCUCUCGCUCUGGCAUCUGGGCUAUUGGCUGUGCUAUGUAAACAGCACCGUCAAUCCCAUGUGCUAUGCCCUUUGUAACAAGACUUUUCAAAAGACUUUUCGCAUGCUGCUACUCUGCCAGUGGAAGAAGAAAAGAAUUGAGGAGAAACUCUACUGGUAUGGACAAAACCCUAUGGUCAGCACUAAACUGACAUAAACCAUUUAUUUUCCUCUAGUAUGACAGUGUAUGAUGAUGGCUAUGAAUCAGAUAUAUGCACUGAAGAUUAUCUUGGUUUUUCUGAACUUGAAUCAUACCUGAUAGGUGGCAUCUGAAGUACAAACAAAAAGGUUGUAGAUUAAUUGUAAUUUUCCUUAAUCAAUAGGCCCACUGUAUGUUGAUUAUUGUCAAACGACAAACAUGGGGGAGCAUCCACAAAUUGUCCCAGUGUAAUAAUCAACACUGUAUAUUGGUU